GCGUCAGGGGGAGUGCCUAAACGGCGAGGGUGUGGGGGAAACUUCGACCCACAGGGCAAGCUUCCUUGGUAGUUUGAAUAAAUAUUCAAACACUUCCAGGCAUAGCCUGCGUAACAAGCUAGCAUUAGCCGUCGAGCGACAUAAUGUAUAGAAAUAGAGAAGUAAAUAUUUUGCUAAUACUAAUCCGGUGAACACCAAUAGGACGAUUCAGCCGAAGGGAAAGGGAGGGGUCUUGCAAGUUCGUGUCUUUGUUGAAUUGCUAUCUAGCGAUCAUCAAUAUUGACAGACGCGGAUAUAGGUACUGUGGAUUUUAAUUGGGGGGGGGGGGGGGAACAAAGGGACACAAACAUUUUUUGUUUAUAUAUGAAUCGACUCGGCCCAUACAAAAGGACUGGAUUGACCAGUAUGACGACAGCCGGGUUGUAGUGCGAGGUGCCGGGAUGCGAUUUAACGAAAAGGAGCUGAUCUUCUUGAGCCGCCAGCCCUCCGAGAGAGCAGCGGAGCUGGGCAUGAAGAGACCGAAGAAAGGCGAUGUAGUGAAGAAGCGGCUGGUCAAGUUGGUGGUUAAUUUCCUGUUUUAUUUCCGUACUGACGAAGAAGAGCCUCUAGGGGCAUUGCUCUUGGAACAGUGUCGGGUGGAGAGGGAAGAUGACCAGGCCUUUUCAAUCGCGUUCCUGGACGAGGCAGAGCGGAAAUACGUGUUUGAAUGUGACUCCCAGGAGCAGUGCUCGGAAUGGAUUGACUCCAUCACUCAAGCAAGUUACGAGUUCAUGAGGAAGAACCUCAUCCUCUAUCGCACUGAAAUCCACCGGAUGACCGGUAAAGACCCCUUGGAGCAGUAUGGGAUUUCAGACGAGACGCGCUUCCAGGUCAACUGUGCCCUUCCGCCCAUUCCUAAAGAGUCUUAACCACCCGAUGCCCAAAAACGAAAUGGCUCCCGGCUGGUGGAAUGUAUUCUGACAUAUUCACUCCUAUCAAUGUUGCGGCAUGACACAUUUUAGAGCAGUUCUACCUGUUCAUAUGGCAUAUGCACGCCAACAAAACCUCUCUCUAGGUGCCCCACAAAUUUAGCAUAAACCUACUGCAGGUUUUGUUUCUUUCAGAAUGUAUAGUAUAGUGAAUCCAGUGCUGUUAAUACCGAUUUGAGUAUCGCUAUGAUUCUUUACCUGUGUUUAAUGUCAUUUGUCAUGUGCAUUUAAAUCGGUUAGAUUUGAUUUCAGUAUGCACUAGACCAGUGUUUCUCAAGGUCGGCCCUGAUUGAUUUAGGAAGACUGAGCUGGCUCCAUUGGUAAAAUAAUUGAAUCGGCUCCUUUUGGCUAUCAAAUUCUUUGCAAACACGAAUGUAAGCACCUUAUUUCUAACAUACCACUAAUGAAUGGUCAAGCUGGUAGACUACAUUGCUGUGUGUAUAGAUAUCAUAAUGAUAUAUUCUGUUUCAUUCCAUAUUGAAAAGUCAGUUUCACUGAGUUACUGAGGGUAAACACAGUUCAUGCCCCCAAUGCCCCGGGGUAAUGGUGUGUGAAUUCUGUGUUCUGGAUGUGGUUUGGGAUAGGUAAAGCGCUCUGUUGAAUCACUUUGAUACAGUUCCCAUCAGUCAAACAUUUCAGCCAGAUUUUAGCUUGUAGCCUUUUGCAGGGCAUGUGAUUGCCCUUCUUUAUGGUCAGUAACCGCUGUCAAACUCGUGCGCACCUAGGUGUAUCUUGUCAUAUGUGUGCAGGGGUUUCAGAAUACCUGGGAACCCGACUGUGACCACUGAAAUUCAUCCAGGUGGUGCCUGGAAGUUCACGUGCGAGAUCAUUCCAUUGGCCUUUCCUGCAACGGAACUAUUUGGACUACCUUUCAAUGUCUUUGUGUAGCUUAAAAAAUUUAGAGAAAUAAUAAUUUCAGUAAGAUCCUCUGCCACAGUUGAAUACCAUAUAUUCGAUUUAAGUAUUGUGUGAAUGUUUUAGGUAAAUUCUUUUUUUUUUUGUAAAAGUCAAACGCCUCACACUGCACAUCUGAUAGGGGUGAGGAUUUGACUAUCAGCCUUACUAUGUUUCAUGCAAUAAACUCAGACGUACUUCAGCAAAAGGCAGCAGCUGCAUUUAAAAGGAGGAAUGUUCAGGUCACGUGGCAGUCCUCGUCAAUGCAAACGGUUUUGCCAAGGCGAAAUUUAGCAACUCGUUUCCCUCUUCUGCUCACAACCAGUGGUCAGCAAGCCUCGCAGAUCCCUGCAGCUUUUAAAACUCUUAUUUCAGGAGUUGAACGAGUUCAACAACCACUUUUAAACCCUUGUAAUAGCUGUCCAAUGAGCCAUCUGCUGUACAAAAAUAAACUUUACAUUUAUAUUUACAAUGUGACAAUGCUGAACGUCAGAUAUGUCGGUCUUCUGGUUUUAUUUUUUAUUAAAGUCUUUUAAAGGGAA